CAGUUGGACAUACCGCUGACCAUUGAGAAUCCGGAGACGGGCGAGAAGACGGACUUAGUGGGCUUGGUGGACACUGGCUGUACGGGCUCUUGUGUUCAUAGAGACUUGGUUCGACGAGCUAGGCUUACAAUGCACCCAUUCGAGCAACCGAUUGCCGUUUACAAUGCGGACGGUACAGCGAAUGCGGGCGGCUCGAUUACCCACUACGUCAUCCUAUGGCUGCGCAUCGGAGAUCAUCGAGAACGUGUUCAGUUCUUGGUGACAGACUUGGGG